AUGCAUUCCUUUGCAAGGCAAUUGCAUGAUCAGAAACGAUUUAAUGAACGUCUUGGAGUUUAUAGAGCACAAAGUGCAAGAUGUAAUGCACAAAUGCAGCUUUUAGAGCAAUCUGUUAAUUCGAUUUUAAAUUCUGAUCCGGUAUCAAAUUAUUCAUCACCAUUUUCAUCAAAAUAUAUUAAUACAAGAUCCACUCCUAGAUUUUCAACAGUAGUAAGUCAAGAUCUUCCGCAAUUUAGUCCUAAAAACUCGAGUCAAAUCAAAACACCUACUACGAAUAGAAAUAAGUCAAAUAAUAUUAGCACAUCUGCAUUAAAUGAUAUUCCUACUACAUCCCAAGAAAUAUUAUCUUUACAAGACUCUUCGCAAGAAAAUUUAUUCGAAUCUAAAGAUUCUCUUUACGUAGCUGCAGGUUCUGUUGACCGUUUUCGUAAUCUAUCUUCAUCAUCUGAUGGAGCUGAUAGUUAUUUGACUCCUAAAAAAUACUACAUUCCAAAUUCAAUUAAUUCGGAAGAUGAAAUUGUUCCUGGUGUAUCAACUAAAAAGCAUGAAGAUGACGAAGAAGAAAAAUUAUAUGAAGAAGAAGAAAACAUGUUAGAAAAAGAUGAUUUACAAAAUAUUAUCAAUGAAAGUUCAGAUUCUCGUCAAUUUGAUCAAAAACUUCAAAAUAUAUUCAACAAAGUAUCACCUAACCUCAGCAAAUUCUCAGCAGUCGAUACAGAUUCAUUAUCAUUUGGAAAUGAAGAAGAAAUUGAUGAGCAAGCAAAUAUGGAAGAAGAAUAUUCAGAAGAAAUUCAUAACGAGGAAGAAGAAACCAAUCAAAACCAAAAUAUUUCAGAUAAAGAUAAUUAUUUUCAAAAUGAAAACUUAGAAGAAGUAGAUCUUAAUCAAAACGAUGAGGAAGAUUAUGAAGUAGAAGAAGAUCAAGAGGAAGAUGUGGCAGAAGAAUUAUUAAAAUCAGAUGAUAGUAAAGAAGAGGAAGAAGUUAAUUCUAACGCCGAUAAUGAUGAUCUGUACUUUUCUUUUGAAGAAGAUGGUCAGUCCGAAAAGGAAAAUUUGAAGAAAACUGAAUCUGAUAUUUUAAUCGAUAGUAUAAUUAAUAUGAGUGACUGA